ACUCACAGUGUCCCUCUCAGGGGCAGGAUUUCUUUGCAUAGCCACGCCUAGAUACACUGAGUAGACCAAUAGCUGCUCUCGGAGUCUCACCGGGGCGGAGAAAGUAGGCGUAGCAUGAAAGGAAUAGAGGGCUGGUUUGGGGGCUGCCGUUGCUACACGUGGAUGGAUGUGAAAUGAGUCAAACGGAGUUCUGAUCGCAACGGGAUUUCAUCUAUUGAGAAGCCUUACUAAGAAGAUGGUAUAAGAACAAAGAACUGAAGAAUAUGAGGGGGAUAGCCAUGUGAAUAUCUUGGGGAAGAACAUUGCUGACUUGAGCAGAUAUGAAGGCCUUAAGCCUUCCCACCAUGGAUUGCCAAGAAAAUGAGUACUGGGACCAAUGGGGACGGUGUGUUACCUGCCAACAGUGUGGUCCUGGACAGGAGCUCUCCAAGGACUGUGGUUAUGGAGAGGGGGGAGAUGCAUACUGCACAGCCUGCCCUCCCCGCAGGUAUAAAAGCAGCUGGGGCCACCACAGAUGUCAGAGUUGUAUCAACUGUGCUGUUAUCAAUCGUGUCCAGAAAGCCAACUGCACGCCUACCUCUAAUGCUGUCUGUGGGGACUGUCUGCCCAGGUUUUACCGAAAGACACGUAUUGGAGGCCUGCAGGACCAAGAGUGCAUCCCCUGCACGAAGCAGACCCCCACCUCUGAGGUUCAGUGUGCCUUCCAGUUGAGCUUAGUGAAGGCAGAUGCACCCACAGUGCCCCCUCAGGAGGCCACACUUGUUGCACUGGUGAGCAGUCUGCUAGUGGUGUUUACCCUGGCCUUCCUGGGGCUCUUCUUCCUCUACUGCAAGCAAUUCUUCAACAGACAUUGCCAGCGUGGUCUCUUGGGCUCCUGGAAGCCUUGUCCCAUCAUUCUCUCUGGACUCUCCUGCCUUGUUCCUAUAGCACAAGAACAGCAGGGACCUGGGAUUUGGUGUGUGCAACAGACAGUACACUAUGAAUGGGAUACAUCAUAUCCCAUCCCACCAAAGGAUUCAUUCUCCGCCAUUUCCCCAGGACUGAUCUGCAGCAUUUCUUGCUUCCCUGCAUUAGCCUGGAGAGCCAGAGUCACCAAACAUGGGACUGCCAGACAUGUUCCUACCUCGACUUGAUUAUAAGAAAAGGGGAAGGAACAACAGUGAAUGGGGUAAGAUCUUCUGGCCUGCAUUUUUGUCAGGUGGGCCUGAAGGGAAGCCUCUCAGAACUCUAUUGAUAACAUCUGUCUAGCACUUCAGGGAAAAAAUUAUACUCUUCCCCUUUUAGCUCCUCUGCACUGCCUCUUUCCUCAACACACACACACACACACACACACACACGCAAGCAUCUCUUGGGGUAGGCCUGGUGCCAUGAUUCCCCAACUCAUGUCCUAGACUUUCAUGGCUGUGAUAGCUCUGGAGCCACUGCGAUUGCCAAUGUCUUACUCCCCACAAAUAGGUCUCUAUUUUUCUUUGGUGGGGAUUCAAAUCAAUGUCUUUUUAUCUUUAAUAUGGUACUUCCUAAAGUUCCUUUAAUUUUGAUUUCUCUUCUAUUCUUGCCUCUUUUGUCCCUUCCUAUUGCCUAGAAUUUUAAAGCUCCAAACUCAGUCUGUAAAUCCCCAGGGCCAAAACAGAGCUCAGAGCAUUUGUCUUUGGGGUGACAGUGAAGAUCAUGAGGUAUGGGACGAGAGGCACUGAGAAACUAGAGUUCUCACUGGGGCCUGGCCCUACAGCAGCUCAGGGACCAUUUGGUGCUUUCUUGGUUUAAAGUAAAACCAAUCCAUUUCUCCUGAGCUCUUGCCACUAAUUUUACAUGCUUCUCAGCAUGAAGUGGAACUGCUCUCUCUGUGCUUCUCCAGAGCAUGACAGAUGAAACCUUCAGGGCUCAGGUAUGAGCUUCAUGGGUUGUUUUUUUAAGUCUCCCCGUCAGUCCAUAAUGGGCCACUUGGGCUGAUGUGCAUUCCCUCAUAAUGGGUCAAAUUAGAAGAAAAAAACAACGUCCAGAAAAAUAGAGCAACCAGCUUCUUUGGGAGCACUUUAUCUAAUUCUGGAUGUUGGUUAUGGCUCAGUUUGUAAAUAUCAAGAAUGUAAGUAAGGUCUAGUUUUCCUGGAUUAAGAAUGCUGGAAUUUAUGGUAUGUGUAUGCACACACAUGCACACAUAUACACCACACUUUACAUUUUGCAAUGUGCUUUCACAACCAUCAUCUCCUUGGAUUUUUACAUAGACCCUGAAGUGGGCAACAUAGUGAUUGUCAUCCCCAAUUUGCAGGUGAGAAAACAGUCCCACAGAUGGAAAGUGAGGAUUGGUCUUAAGUUAAUGAUAUAGUAGUGAACAGCAAGGCUAGGAUGCCUUCACAGACUCUUGAAUAUCAUGGAAUGUUCUGGAAGACAGUGUUGUGGGGUAGAAGGUUGAUUUUUCCUAGCACAUCUGCUCCAGAAAACAAUUCACUUUUGAAGGAAAAAGGUUGGAAAGAAAAAUAAGACCCUUAUUCUUGCCACUCAAUGAGGUAAUGUCCUUGCCCAUCAUACAACAUCUAUCCUCUCUCUUUACUGCCCAGGUCUCCUCCCCCAGACUACCAAUCUGGCACAUUCUCUGCCAGGUCUAACACUAUUGGGAAGCUAAGAGAUUUUCCAUUCAACAUUGUUUCACUAGAGGUCAGAAAAUGAGAGGGGUUACAAGGCCAGACAGACUUUUUCCUUUUCUUCCUGUAUAUCUUCUUUUGCACCUAGCUUGUGAAAUAGGCAAUAAAGGCUGGUUAUUAGUAAGAGCAUCCAUCCUACUUGUCCCCCCACAUUCCUCCUUUGUGCAAUUUAGGAACCUCUGCUUUUCAUAUGGAUAACUUGAGUCUCUAACUUGAAUUCAAAGGUGAGAGAGACCUAUUCUCCCAUCUUUAAAAUCUAUAGGUACAUUGUAGAUAUUCGAGCAAAACUGUCAAUAUCACUUCAGUGCAUUACAGUUUAAAAGGUUCAUUCAUACAUUAUGCCUAUUUUAAAGAUGAGGAAACAGAGGCCAAACAGUAGUACCUAUCUUGCCCAGAGCAAUUAACAUUUAAGGAAAAUUUCCUUAUCUCACAUAUCCACCCCUAGACUCAGGUGUGGAUCCCAUGACUUACAGUAGAGACCAAGGAAGCAGACAUAGAGCAGAAACUGUCCCUAUGGUAUAGGGACAGGCGGGAGUGUUAAUGGCUUUCUUCAGUCAUUUGUCUUCACUAGACACUGCCUCGAUGACCCUUAAAAUGAGCAUAGGGAAAAAUUUAGGAGAUUGAAUCAGCCCUUCCCCACCACCAGCUAAAAGCAGCUAGCCUCAUAGUCUAGUUGAGGCAUCAGUGUAGUGUUCUUUUGAAAUGUUGCCAUGAUUGCAUUUGUAUCUUAAUGUAACUGGGGCAGGAUGGAGGGGUGUUUUGCUUUUCUCUCCCUAUAAUUCCUGCCUUCUAUGGUCUAUAAGGUUUUCAGGUUUCCCUAGGUGCUCCACACUCCCUUGCUCAGUCAGAGGGUCUUGGACAUGUAUAAAAAGCAAUGGUAUUGUGUUGCAGCAUACUGCAGGGCAAGCAAUUUCUCUCUGAAUCUCUUGGGCUCACCCUAUAUUUGAUGUGCUGUAACUCUACCCUUCCAGCAGGUAGCACCUGGAGUUUGCCUUCUUGGAACCUUGCAGAACAUUUCUGAGCCAAGAUGACCUUCCCUUGGAGGCUUGGGUUCCCCAAGCUACCUCACAGAGUCCUCCCAAAACAGCCCUCUCUCUCCCACAAUCCAUUUAGGAGUAGCUAAGUGAGGAGAAGGAAGGGCCCCACUGCUCCUUUUAUUGACAUGUCAAUUGAUCCCAGCUCUCCCAGUACCUUUUCUCCUUUGAGUCUUUCUGAAGUGUCUUUUUGCCUUUUUUUUUGAUCCCAGCUAUAUAACUGAAGACCAGCAAAGUCCCAACCUCCUUUGAGACUGCAUUAUUCUUUAUUAUUUGAGGAUGUUUCUGAAGUUUGUACAGCAAGUCCUCUCUCACAGGACUAGUCUAACUAGUGUUUAGUUAAGUACCUUAGGCAGAAUAUAUCCUUCAUCAUCAGGUCUUACUACUAUAAAAGGAGGGUUCUUUACAGAAAGACUUUGGCUUAUAGAAUUUUAUUAAUGGCAACUUAGGCACUAAUCUAUCUACAAAUGCACAUAAAGGGCCACUGGGGCAACCCAUUGAUCAGGGUGCUUCAAGCACCUGGGAAAAAGCAAAGUGAUCCCAUUGUACUGGACUAGGGAUUAGAAGCAAUUGAAUUACAAGCCUGCAUCAACCAGCCUGGUCUCACACAGGUAUUAGCAAAUAUGUGUGAGCCAAGGUAUAGGCCUUGGCCUUGAGGUUCUCUGUUCUUUUCCCUUUGGGACAGUUUAUUCUUAUCCCACUCACUUUAAUUAAUCAUGUCUACACCUUCUGGUAGCGGAAGAACUAGUACCCAAACAGAGGAUGGAUGAUUGAGCUGGAGCAAGCCGAGGGACUUAAAGGUCACCAUGUGCCUGGCUGUGGUUCAAACCCACGUCACAUAUCAUGCUGCUGCUCUGUGGGAAAGAUAGUGAUUGUAACACAAUAAUAAUAACAUGAUAACAUUACAUCCAGCCCCCUUCACUGCACCUUGUUUAUAGCAUGAACAUUGUGUGAUUAUCCCAAGUUGUACUCAAGAAUCAUCUUGGUUCCCAUUUUCUAAAGUUCAAAGCCAUUUAAAUAGGGCAAAUAAGUUUUGUUUUUCUUUGCUUUGUUUUUUAAGGUAUCUUGGAUAAAGGUGAAGUGAAGGAUGCUUUUCUUUUUAAUAAUUGCUGUUUGGCCAUGGCCAAUGUCAUAUUUGAAUGUUUUCUCCAGGACAGUCCUUGUAAAGAUCUCUUUUUUAUUGCUUUUAAAGCAGGGACAUCUUUGUUUGAGCACUGUACUUUUUGUGUUUUUUUUUUUUUUCCCUUGGAGGUUUUUGGUCAGUUGAAGCAUAAAAAUACAUUUGAUAGAAACGUUUUCCAUAUAUCUUUGAGCCUAGAAAAUAGUUGACUUGUCCAUAUUUGAAUUAGCAAAAGAAAGUUGUUUUGUUUGUCAGGGAAAGGGUGUGUUUGCUGAAGAUGAAUUGAAUUUUAUGAUCCAUUAUUUUCCCGUCCACACACCUUGACUUGGUUCUUGACAGAAGUCUAGGAGAGCAACUUUCCCCUUCAAGGUUCUCAGAUCCAUUCUAGGUAAGGGUGUUGAUACUAAAGCACCCCUGCCUUCCCCUUCAUACAACACACAGCCCUGCCACAUUGAGAUAUUCAUCUCUCCUGUCUCCCAUCUAUCCCCUCUUCUGCUCACUAUCAAGGCCAUUGAUGUUUUACGAUGUUUUACAUUUAAUUACCUUUUUCCUCAUAAAUGAGUUAUUUAUAGAGAUUUUGUUAAAUCUUGAACCGUAUGCAUGUGUGGAUGCUGGCAGGGUUGUGUUCAGUCUAUGAUGCUCUGCAAACAUUUCAUAUUAGUCAAUAAACAGAAUUACACUCAAAUAUCUUGUUUAUUCCUCUGUUUUCAGAGAACCAGGGUUCUUCCUUUGGCUGAUGUGUCUUUGAUCAUUGAGCACAGAUCAGAUCACUGGAUGUAUGUGCUGAGGUUCACUGUCUUAUCACCCAGGAGACCUUGGUUAUAGCUCUUGCUCUCCUAGUUUUUAAAAAAAUUUUAUGACGUUUAUAUUCUCAUUUGGGCUACAGAUCCUUGUCAAGGCUCCCAUAGCUCUGAGAGGACAGAAUACAUUUUUCUGAGGUCUGUAAAAUCUCUAAGAAUUUGUGUAUGUAUGUGUAUUUUCAUUUUGUUCUGAAUAUUUUUUUAAAUGCAAGCAUUUUCUAGCUAGAACAUCUGGGUGAUUAAAUCUUAAGAGUACUUUCUUGCCAUUGCAGGGCUUAUAAUUAUGUUUACAAUCUCAUUGGAUUCAAGGGACCACCUAAAGAGACAUCAUUUAACUUUGAAUAUUGUUCUUCUCUUUAAUUUUAUUUAAGCAGUAGGGAAAACAAGCUUUUCCCAUUUUUAGUAUUCUGUGAGCCUGACAGCAACAUAUGUUGGCAAGGAUUGGGGAAAUGAGAAACCCUCAUAAAUUGUUGGUGGGAUUGUAAAGUGGUAUAGCCACUUUUGAAAACAAUCUGGUGCUUCCUCUAAAAUUUGAAGUAAUCAUAUGAUCCAGUAAUUCUACUCAUAAUUAUAUACUAAAAAUAAUUUUUUGAAAAAUCUGUCAGCACAAUAUUUUCAAAGAAAUAUUCAUAGAAACAUUAUUUAAAAUGGUACAAACUGGAAACAACCCAAGUAUCCAUUAACUGAUGAAUGGAUAAAUAAAUUAUAGUAUAUACACAAAAAGGAAUACUGUUAGACAAAAAUAAAGAAUUGAAUUUCUGACACAUGGUGCAUUGUAGAUGAACCUCAGCAUAUGCUGGGUAUAAAAGAAGGCAGAUAUAAAAGACUACAUAUUGUAUGAUUCCAUUUAUAUAAAAUAUCUGUAAAAGACAAACUAAUAGAACCAGAAGGUAGUUUAGUGGUGUCCUGGAAUUGGGAAUACGAAAAGAUGAUGAAAUGUUAACAGGAAUGAUGGAUCUUAUUUAUAUAAUGAAAAUGUUUUAAAAUUGCUAAUGAUGGUUGCACCACUCAGUAAAGUUAGUAAAAUCUUUUGCUUGUACAUUUGAAAUGGUUGAAUUUUACAAUAUACAAAAUAUAACUCAAUAAAACCUUUAUAAAAAUUC